UAAAUCUCCCAAAGCAUCACAGAACCAGAAACCUUGUUUCCCUUCGCAUCUCGGCGCCUCCUCCUCCUCCCCCCCCCCUCGCUCCGAUCCAGCUCGCCGGCGGCGAUGUCGCAGGCGGCGGCGGCGGAUGCGGUUGCGGCCGCGCAGCCUCAGGGGCGUGGCCCGGCGGCGCGGCAGGGCGGCGGCCUGGGACAGAGCAUCACCGGCAUCGUGCGGAUGGCGGUGUUCUGGUACUUCGCGUCCAAGUUCUUCGGGCCCAAGCGGCCACCCGCGGAGCCGGGGAUGCUCAUGUCCAACCUCUUCCAGAAGGGAGAGCCAAUGGAUAUGUGGGUGUAUUUAUCAGAGGAUGAGAAGUUCAAUGACUUUGCUAAUGAGGACACACUCAUCUGGCAUGAGACAAACAUACCGUAUGCAGUUUGGGGACCUGGCAGUACCAGAACACGAUCAUUAGCAUACUAUCCUUCAGAGGCUCUCAAGCACAAUGGCUCUUUGUAUGCUCAUGUUUACUUUGCCCACUCGGGUUACCCUGUGGAUCCUACUGAUCCUGAAUAUGAGCAAAAAUCUUCAUUUGGGAGGACACAUCCUGUCGUGGCAUUCUUGCCGAAAUCAAAAGCCGGUAAAAAGAAGAGCUUGCUUGGAGAUUCAGAGGAGUCUGAAAAAAAAGCACCACCUAAGGAGAAUAAAGAAACUGGUGAUAAAGAUGAGGGUCCAGUUGAAUAUAUCGCAUAUUGGAAACCAAAUGUAACAAUAAAUCUUGUUGAUGACUUCACACGGUAUCCCCACAAUAAUGUCCCUGCCAUUGUUGCUCCAUAUUUGAACGUGGAUCCAGCUACAAACAACUACUAUCCUACUGUAUUCUUCAAUGAGUUUUGGCUACUGAGGGAUAAAUUGAUAGCACUCAAUGAGACUGUGGAGGAACUGGCCUUAAACCUCGAAGUUGGUCCUAUUAGCAUGACCAAAUGGCAGUUGUUUCUACAGAUUGAGCAGUCCUUCCAAGUUCAUCGUAGUUAUGGAAGUAUGCUUGAAGGCGAGGCUGAUGAACUCAAGAGAGUUUUCCUUGAAGGAAACCCAUAUCUUCUUGGAUUGACCAUGUUUGUUUCUCUGUUACACUCUCUGUUUGAUUUCCUGGCUUUCAAAAAUGAUAUUCAGUUCUGGAACAAGAACAAGUCUAUGGAAGGUCUAUCAGCAAAAUCUGUGGUUCUGAAUUUUGUGUGUCAACUUAUUGUUUUCCUGUACCUUCUUGACAAUGACACGUCAUGGAUGAUCCUUGCUAGCUCUGGAAUUGGAGUGUGCAUUGAAUUUUGGAAGAUCGGAAAAGCAAUGCACAUCGAGAUCGAUAGAAGUGGGAAGAUUCCCAUGUUGAGGUUCCGAGACCGUGACUCAUAUGCACAGAAUAAGACCAAGGAGUACGAUGCUAUUGCAAUGAAGUACCUGACCUAUAUCCUUUUCCUCCUUGUGAUUGGUUUCUCCAUCUAUUCACUUAAAUAUGAAAAACACAAGAGCUGGUACUCAUGGAUACUCUCUUCUAUGACAAGUUGUGUGUACAUGUUUGGUUUUAUUAUGAUGUGCCCCCAACUAUUCAUCAACUACAAGCUGCAGUCUGUCGCUCAUAUGCCAUGGAGACAGAUGACCUACAAGUUCCUCAACACUAUAAUAGAUGACCUUUUCGCAUUUGUUAUUAAAAUGCCAAUGCUGCAUCGUCUCUCAGUUUUUAGAGAUGAUGUUAUCUUCUUGAUAUACCUCUACCAGAGGUGGGUAUAUCCGGUUGACAAGAAGCGUGUCAACGAGUUUGGCUUCGGAGGCGAGGAUGAACCGCCACCCCAGCAGACUUUGGAAGGAAGUGAUUCAGCAGCCGUGGCUCAGCAAACUGAGGCCGAGGCAAGCACGGAGGACAAGAAGACAAAGUGAGCCUCCAGUCCAGCGCAUUUGAUCAUCCAAAGAUAGAACACGUCUUGGCAUCACCAGCCGUUUCUGCCAGUGGGCGUGAAAUUUUCUUUGCUGAAUUGGAACGCUGGACUUGCUACGCUUCGCUGAGAUGCUGACCAACAGGGCACACUCAUACAUCGUCCUGCCCUAUGGACUGCGGGGGAACAGUCACACUAUCACCAAUUACUUUUAUGUUUGUUUUAACAACCAUUGCUAGGCCAUCUUCAGGGAUCCUUGUUUUAUUGGUUUCUGUAUAAUUUUUGGUUUGCUUGAAAUAUACAUAACCAUUUGCUCGUA